CCCUCCCUGCUGACGACAGAUGCAUGCGUGGGCCGUGGUGCCUCAGUGCUGUGACGGGACACCACGACUGAUGGUCCCUCUCCAGAGCUAGACGGCGAUCCGCUGGUCAGCCAGUGACAAGGGUCACGCUGGCACCCCCCAGCCCCGGGUCUUGGCUCUGCCCAGAAAGUCCUGUGGCCCUGCAAGCCAUGGAGGCUGCAUCAGUACUGAGCCCCUCAUCCUGGGAGAAGCGCAGAGCGUGGGUCCGGCAGAGCCGGUGCUGGCGUACCACUGUGCUGGAGGAGGAAGCAGCCGUGGCCGUGCAGGAUGUGUCCGGGCUGCAGCCACCACAUCUAGACGAUGUCUUCUUCGAAGGAAGCCCCUCCAGCAAGAUUGAGACUUGGCUGCAGAAUUGUGGGGCAUCCAUGGAGGUCCUGCCUGAGGAGCCUGGCCUGCCUGCUCCCUAUGGAUGCAGUAGUAACGGGACCAGCUUUGAGGAUGACUUGACACUGGGAGCAGAAGCUCUGUUGUUACCUGGGAAUGACAAAGCCGCGGGCAGCAGGACACUUCUGGAGAAGCCCUGGCCAGGCCGGUACCCCCACCUUGGGCAAAGCAUGGCAUCCAGUGCCAUCUCUGGUGGCACCAACAAGACCACCUCCAGCGUCUCUGAGAUCCUGGAGCGGUGCCAGGAGGACGCUGAGGAGAUUCUCUACAACUUGGGCUUCGUGCAGGACGAGCCUCAGGCCACAGCCCGGAUCCCGGCCCGGUUCUUCUCGGCUCCUUCCCAAGCCAAAGGCAUCGAUUUCCAGCUCUUUCUGAAGGCCCAGGUGCAGCGCCUGGAGAUGGAGGAUCCCUGUCUGACCCUGGCCAGUCGAUUCCAGCAGGUGGAGGCACUGGCUGCGACAGCAGACGCCUUCUUCUGCCUCUAUUCCUACGUCUCCAAGACCCCCCUGCAGAAGAUCUCGCCAGCCCAGAUUUUCUGGGCCUGCCCAGAAAUCCCCAACUUCUGCGUCGUGCCCGCGAAGGCCGAGGUUAAGUCUCCCGUGGACCGUCUGAAGAAAGCCAUCUCCAAGAUGUGCCUAUACAUGUCACCCAGAGCCGAGUCCCCGCGGAGAGCCGUACCCAGCCGCCGGAGGAGCAUCCUGGGCAGGGUGGUGCAGGAGGUGCUGGAGAGGGCGAGGGAAGAGCGGUUCCGAUUUGACCAAAUAGACAUAGAGGACAUGGAAGGGGUACCCCGUGAGAUGCCCACGGGGACAUUCCAGUGCCAGCAUAGAGUGGAGAGCUCCUUCCAAGAGCCACUGUCACCAGAUCUGGCAGGGCAUGUUUCAGGGCAUCUCUGCCAUGGAGGCGAGGCAGCCCCCACGCCUCUAGGAGGGAAAGGAGAGCUCCACACAGUGCCAGCCCUGCCAAGGCUGCAAUGGGCCCCGCAGGGGCUACCUGCUGGCACAGUCGGGGUGUGUGCAGAGGGAGUGGGUAGUCCAGGCCACCAGGAGAAAAAAGGCCCUGGAAAAGCCCCUGUGGAUAUGGUUCCUUCCAAAUGGGAGUUCUCCAUGGACGCGUCCUGCCCCUCAGGGGGAGCAGGGUCUGAUGAGGAGAGUUCUUAUGUUGGAGGCACUGCUGCACCAUCUCCUGGGACACACUUCAUGGCCACCAAAGCCCUGGGCACUGUCGGGACAACAUGGUUCCGUCCGGAGCCCAGAGAGGGGCUCAGAAGUGAGGCUGGGUUUGCCUUAGACUUGUCCAGGGCCCUGAGUACGGAUAAUGCAGGCUCCUGCGUAGCCUGGCUGCCCCACCCGGGGGGGUCUCCAGGGAAGGAUGGGCUGGAGGCCUACAGAGAAGCUCUCAUGUGCCCAGAGGAGCUGAGGCCCAAAGGCAAAGGACACUCACCGCACAGAGGGAGCUCCUAUGCGUGUGGCUCCCAGAACGUGACACAUCCCCAGGAGCAGGACACCAAAGCCCCAGGGCCAGCAUUGCACUCCCUGGGGGAGGUUCCUGCUUCGUGGGUGGCAGGCAGGGGCUCCAUGCUCCAUGGGCCUUGCUGGGCACCAACGCUGCCCCUCCAGGAGGAUGAUUCUUUUGAAAUGGAGGAGGUGCAAAGCACCAGCGAGGAUGAGGAUGGCACCCCCAAGGCAGCAGGCUGGCUGCCCGCACCCGCCUUGACGAGACACCGGAGGCGUUUCAUACUCCAUGCCCACAGUGCACAUUCUGACAGCAGUGGUUUUGUGGAGGAGCCGGCACCCAACUCAACGCCCACCACCCAGCUUUGUGACACAGCCUGCUCCGAGCUCGGCAGGCCAAUGGGGGGCCCCUGUGGCACAGGGCAGGCUGUGUAGGUCAGGAUUCCCUGGCUGAGAGAACUCAUCUGAGCAGGAGGAAGAUGCCUGCUGUCUCCAGGCCAUGCCCUCCUUCCACACAGCCUGUCCCAAGCCCCUUCAUGAGCCACGACAGGGUCCGGGCAUGAUCCCUGGGGCAGUGGGAUCACAGCUUCCUGGGCCUGGGAAAUGCUACAUCCCCUGCAUUCCGUGGCGGGGGGGGGGGGGAGCAGAGAGCGGGGCCUGGAAACAGCGGAAUUGUACCUCAAAUCCAGAAAGCACCAGGCAGCCAGGGCAACCCCCGACCCAGGGCAUGGAGCAGGGGGAACCCACCAGGCAGCCAGGGCAACCCCUGACCCAGGGCAUGGAGCAGGGGGAACUCACCAGGCAGCCAGAGCAACCCUCGACCCAGGGCAUGGAGCAGGGGAAACCCACCAGGCAGCCAGGGCAACCCCUGACCCAGGGCAUGGAGCAGGGGGCACCUACCAGACACCAGGGCAAUCCAGGGCAUGGAGCGGGGGCACCCACUAGGCAGCCAGAGCAACCCUCGAACUAGAACAUGGAGCUGGGGGCACCCACCAG